GAGUGGUACAUGGAAAGUCACAGCCGCCUCACGCAUUCACAUUCAACAUCGUCUAUGGCGACAACUACAGAUUCUGCAGCUCAGCUUGUAUUUGCACCGAAUGUCCUGCACAAUCAAGCGCUGACGUCCGUCAAAUUUCUGUCCUCUUGCUUUGCUGGUGCUGUCGCAGGAAUCCUCGGUCUAGAGAACUGGCUAGGAUUCGCGCUCUUUAUAGCCACUAUUAUUUCAACCUCGUUUAUCAUCUACGCCAUAAACUGCAGAGGGAAACCUGCAAGAUACUUGGCUGGUGGACUUGGGGAGCUUGUCAACCCUGGCCAAGAUAACAUUUUUACAUUUAUUCUUGUGUGGACGCUAUUUUACGGCAUCAUACAUGGUAAGAAAUGACAUCCUCGGACAGACGGAUCGGUGGUGAUAAUCUUCAUUUAUCUAGUGUACGACUGAACGGAGUUCGGGCCAUUCGCUUUUCCGUCUGGUUCAGACCUUUAUCCACAAGUGGAGCUCCUCGCUAGUCAUCGGUGAACCUUGACCUGUUCACUGCUGUUUCUUCUCAGGAGCACUAUUG